AUGACCAAAUUUAAUCCAAUUGAAAUACACUUUUUAUUUCAGAACAAUGUCAGUUAUUGGUUCAAUGAUGUUUUUACCCUCCUCCCAUUGCCUUUUCUACUACCUCUUUCCUUUACCACUGAGAUUUCCUCUCUAUUUACCAUCUUUAACACCCUUGUAACUCCCCUUCUUCCCUCUUUUCUAUCUGUGGCUUCAUCAUUUUCCUCACUAGUCUUACGUCUUCCUCUUCUGCCUCUUCUAUUUCACUCCUCUCUCUCUUCCUUUGUUUCACUUUACUUUUCUGUCUUUUUCCUUUUUCUAACCUUUUAUUUCUUUGCCUUUUCCUACACAAACUUUUAUCUGCCAUCUCUUUCUUCACACUUUUCUAUUUUACUGUUUAUUAGCACCCCCCCUGCCUUUGUCUUCACUUCAUCUUUUCUAUUUGUUUUUUUCUCCCUUUUACUUUUUUCUUUGUCUCUCUACUUGCCCGAUACCCAUUCCCUAAAACCUCUCUAUCCCUCCUUUUCCUUCUUCUCUUGUUUUCAAUCUCCCGCUUAUUCUGUCCACCACCUCUUUGUGUCCUACUGUGACUAUCACCCACUGACUUUCCCAGAAGAUCUCUGGCUUAACCCAUCACUAUUAUAUGUUAAGAGUGAAUGA